AUGACUCGAUUAGGGUGUUGGCUCGGAGUAGCCUUGUUGGUGGCGAUUGUCGGGCUCGCACAGGCCGGCUCCAAUUGCUCGGCAGCGGACUCGACGAGAAAUUGCAUCGAUGGACUCGUCGUGCCAAUUUGGAGACCUUUUCUCGACCUAUCUAGCGGCGAUCGAAUUCUUCGUGGAGUUAUCUACUUCUUCGUUAUCGCUUAUAUGUUCUUAGGUAUUUCAAUUGUCGCUGACAGAUUCAUGAGCUCAAUCGAGGUCAUCACAUCGCAAGAACGAACGAUCGUAGUUAAACGACCUGGACUUGAUCCAAUGGAGGUCCAAGUGAGAAUCUGGAAUGAUACUGUUUCUAAUCUCACCCUUAUGGCCCUCGGAUCGUCUGCUCCCGAAAUCCUCCUCUCCAUUAUUGAGAUUAUUGCCCGUGGAUUUGAAGCCGGAGAUCUCGGACCGAACACGAUUGUCGGAUCAGCCGCCUUCAAUCUUUUCAUGAUUAUUGCCAUUUGUGUUGUCGUUAUCCCGAAAGGUGAAAUCCGCCGUCAAAAACAUCUUGACGUCUUCUGCGUUACUGCCACUUGGUCGAUUUUCGCCUACGUCUGGCUCUAUUUGAUUCUCGCGUUCUUCUCCCCGGGAGUCAUUGAGAUCUGGGAAGGACUUCUGACAUUCGCCUUCUUCCCAUUGACCGUCUUGACCGCCUACAUCGCCGAUAUCAAAAUCAUCCAAAACCGAUUCUUGCCGCAUCGCUAUCGUCGCGGUUCGCACGGUCAAAUGAUUGCUACGGAAGCUGAGGAGAUGAAGAUGCUCGAAAACGGACUUCCACAGGGAGGCGUCGAUCCUGCUUUGAAAGCAUUCGAAGAGCACAGACAAGAGUUCAUCGAAUUGAUGCGCGAAAUCCGCAAACAGAAUCCGCAUAUCACUCCAUCUGAAUUGCAGAAGCAAGCUGAAUAUGAAAUGAUCAGCAGAGGACCAAAAUCGCGGGCUUUCUAUCGGGUUCAAGCAACAAGAAGACUUAUCGGUGGAGGCGACAUCGUCAAGAAGCGAAUUGACAAAGAGCACAACAAAGCGCUCGAUGCAUUGGUACAGGCACAAGAGAAGCAGCAUCGCGAGAACACCUGCAAAAUCUUCUUCGAUCCCGCCCAUUACACCGUUCUUGAAAACGUUGGAAGCUUCGAUGUGGUUGUUGGAAGAGAUGGAGGUCCAGAGGGUCUCACCGUCAUGGUUGAUUACUACACCGAAGACGGAACUGCCAACGCUGUUAGCGACUAUAUUCCAGUCAAGGGCACCUUGACCUUCUAUCCCGAAGACAAGCAUCAGAAAAUCAACAUCGAAGUUGUUGAUGACGACGUUUUCGAGGAGGAUGAGCACUUCUACCUUCACCUUAGAAACUUGCGCGUUCGCACCAAAGACGGACUCAUUUUGGAUCCAUCUAGAAUUGGAGGACUUCCAGUCGCUCAACUCGAGAUGCCAGCCACCGCCACCAUUAUGAUUCUCGAUGACGAUCACGCGGGAGUCUUCGGAUUCGAGCACGAUCAUUUCCAGAUUGUUGAGAACUGCGGACAUCUUUCUCUCAAAAUGCAGAGACACUCCGGCGCUCGCGGAAUGGUCAUCAUUCCAUUCAGGACCAUUGAUGGAACCGCCACCGCCGACAAGCACUAUGAAGCGAAGGAGGGAGAAAUUGUUUUCGAAGAUAACCAGACCGAAGCUUACAUUGAUAUCGGAAUAGUCGACACAGAACAAUACGAACGAUCGGAUUCAUUCUUCAUUGAGCUCUCACCACCAAUCUGGGCGAAGAAAAUGAACGACUUGUCGAAAGUGCAAGAAAGAUUCCAACGACGAAUGGAACGAAAACGCGGAUCCUCUGUGGUAUCGGAAUCGAAGGAUUCGAAUACUGAUCAGGGCAAAGCAUCGCGUGCGGGAAGUGUUGAUCUAUUGCAACCUUCGAACGAUCCGCGAAGGUCGGUGUCGAGCUCACCGCACCUCGCGAAUCGUUUCCGCAAUCGGCUUGGAUCGUGGAUAUCGGGAAUGAGGACUGGAGACGAAGAUACCGAUCCAGGAUUGACGCCAUCGCAACUUGAAAUCGCUGAGAUGGGUAAACCAAGACUUGGAGACAUCACAAAAUGCCAGAUCACAAUUAGAGAAAGCAAAGAAUUCCAAGGAAUUGUUGACAGAAUGAUCAAGAACGCCAACACCCGCAUCAUGUUGGGAACGUCUUCAUGGAGAGAGCAGUUUACUGAGGCUUUGGUUGUCUCUGCUGGUGAUGACGACGAUGAUGAUGAGGAUGGUGAUGAGGAUAAGGAGCCGCAGGAGCCUAGCUGCAUGGACUAUUUCAUGCACAUUCUCACGGUUCCAUGGAAAUUGACAUUCGCCACAAUUCCGCCAACCGAUUAUCUCGGUGGAUGGGCUUCGUUCGUCGUUGCCAUCGUGAUGAUCGGUAUUCUGACCGCCCUUGUCGGAGACAUGGCCUCCCAAUUCGGAUGCUGGGUCGGACUGAAAGACGCCGUCACUGCGAUUUCAUUCGUCGCUCUCGGAACAUCAGUGCCUGACACAUUUGCCUCGAAGGUGUCUGCUGUUCAGGACAAGUACGCGGACAACGCCGUCGGAAAUGUGACAGGAUCGAACGCUGUCAAUGUCUUCCUCGGCAUCGGAAUCGCCUGGUCAAUGGCUGCCAUUUAUCACUGGACCAACGGAAACCAAUUCUACGUGAAUCCAGGAACUCUCGGAUUCUCAGUACUUAUCUUCUGUAUUGGAGCCUUUGCAUGCAUCACUGUUCUCGUAUUGCGAAGAAGCAAGAAAAUUGGUGGAGAAUUGGGAGGACCAAUGCUAUUAAGGUGGUUGACAUCAGGUUUCUUCUGCACACUUUGGUUUGUGUACUUGCUCCUCUCGGCGCUCGAAGCUUAUUGCAUCAUCCCAGGAUUUUAA